AUGGACUUCACCGCGCAGCCCAAGCCUGCCACUGCCCUCUGUGGCGUCGUGAGUGCAGAUGGGAAGAUCGCUUACCCGCCGGGGGUAAAGGAGAUCACCGACAAGAUCACCACGGAUGAAAUGAUCAAGCGACUGAAGAUGGUAGUAAAAACUUUUAUGGAUAUGGAUCAGGACUCAGAAGACGAAAAACAGCAGUAUCUCCCACUAGCCUUGCAUCUUGCAUCUGAAUUUUUCCUCAGGAAUCCCAAUAAAGAUGUGCGUCUCCUUGUAGCAUGUUGUUUGGCUGACAUCUUUCGAAUCUAUGCCCCAGAAGCUCCGUAUACUUCCCACGAUAAACUUAAGGACAUAUUUUUGUUUAUUACCAGACAAUUAAAAGGUUUGGAGGAUACAAAGAGUCCACAGUUUAAUAGAUACUUUUAUUUAUUAGAGAACUUAGCUUGGGUUAAAUCAUAUAACAUCUGCUUCGAAUUGGAAGAUUGCAAUGAAAUUUUUAUUCAACUUUUUAGGACUCUCUUCUCAGUGAUCAACAAUAGCCACAAUAAAAAGGUACAAAUGCACAUGCUAGACUUGAUGAGUUCUAUCAUCAUGGAAGGUGAUGGAGUUACUCAAGAAUUAUUGGACUCCAUUCUUAUUAACCUCAUUCCUGCACAUAAGAACUUAAAUAAACAGUCCUUUGACCUUGCAAAAGUCCUGUUGAAAAGGACAGUCCAGACUAUUGAGGCAUGCAUUGCCAAUUUUUUCAAUCAAGUCCUGGUGCUGGGAAGAUCGUCAGUAAGUGAUUUGUCAGAACAUGUAUUUGAUCUGAUUCAGGAACUUUUUGCGAUAGAUCCGCAUUUAUUAUUAUCUGUCAUGCCGCAGCUUGAAUUCAAACUAAAGAGCAAUGAUGGAGAAGAACGAUUAGCUGUUGUUCGACUUUUAGCUAAAUUGUUUGGUUCUAAAGAUUCUGAUUUGGCAACACAGAAUCGUCCUCUUUGGCAAUGUUUUCUUGGACGAUUUAAUGACAUUCACGUUCCUGUGAGAUUAGAAAGUGUGAAAUUUGCCAGCCACUGUUUAAUGAAUCACCCAGAUUUAGCAAAGGAUCUCACAGAAUAUUUGAAAGUUAGAUCACAUGAUCCAGAAGAAGCAAUUCGUCAUGAUGUCAUUGUUACUAUAAUAACAGCUGCCAAAAGAGACCUUGCCUUAGUGAAUGAUCAGCUACUUGGCUUUGUAAGGGAAAGAACACUGGAUAAACGGUGGCGAGUAAGAAAAGAAGCUAUGAUGGGUCUUGCUCAGCUUUAUAAGAAAUACUGUCUUCAUGGUGAAGCAGGAAAAGAAGCUGCAGAGAAAGUCAGCUGGAUAAAGGACAAGCUUUUGCAUAUUUAUUAUCAGAAUAGCAUCGAUGACAAACUGUUGGUAGAGAAAAUCUUUGCUCAGUAUCUUGUCCCCCACAACCUGGAAACAGAAGAGAGAAUGAAAUGCUUAUAUUAUUUAUAUGCUAGUUUGGAUCCAAAUGCUGUCAAAGCUCUCAAUGAAAUGUGGAAGUGUCAGAACAUGCUCAGAAGUCAUGUACGAGAACUAUUGGAUUUGCACAAGCAACCUACAUCAGAGGCUAACUGUUCUGCCAUGUUUGGAAAACUGAUGACCAUAGCAAAGAAUUUGCCUGACCCUGGGAAAGCACAAGAUUUUGUGAAGAAAUUUAAUCAGGUUCUCGGUGAUGAUGAGAAAUUGCGGUCUCAGCUGGAGUUAUUAAUCAGUCCAACCUGUUCUUGCAAACAGGCAGAUGUUUGUGUGAGAGAAAUAGCUCGAAAACUUGCAAAUCCUAAGCAGCCAACAAACCCUUUUCUAGAGAUGGUCAAAUUUCUGUUGGAAAGAAUUGCACCUGUGCACAUUGAUUCAGAAGCCAUAAGUGCACUGGUAAAACUGAUGAAUAAAUCAAUAGAGGGAACAGCAGAUGAUGAAGAGGAGGGUGUAAGUCCAGAUACAGCUAUUCGUUCAGGACUUGAACUUCUUAAGGUUCUGUCUUUCACACAUCCUACCUCGUUCCACUCUGCAGAGACAUAUGAGUCCCUGUUACAGUGCCUCAGAAUGGAAGAUGACAAGGUAGCAGAAGCUGCUAUACAAAUUUUUAGAAAUACAGGCCACAAAAUAGAAACAGACCUACCCCAGAUACGAUCGACCUUAAUUCCCAUUUUACAUCAGAAAGCAAAGAGAGGUACUCCACACCAAGCAAAACAGGCUGUUCAUUGUAUACAUGCCAUAUUCACCAAUAAAGAAGUCCAGCUUGCACAGAUUUUUGAGCCACUCAGUAGGAGUCUGAAUGCUGAUGUACCAGAACAACUUAUAACUCCAUUAGUUUCAUUGGGCCACAUUUCUAUGUUAGCACCAGAUCAAUUUGCUUCCCCAAUGAAAUCUGUAGUAGCAAAUUUUAUUGUGAAAGAUCUGCUAAUGAAUGACAGGUCAACAGGUGAGAAGAAUGGAAAAUUAUGGUCUCCAGAUGAAGAGGUUUCCCCUGAAGUACUAGCAAAGGUACAGGCAAUUAAACUUCUGGUAAGGUGGCUGUUGGGUAUGAAAAACAACCAGUCUAAAUCUGCCAAUUCAACUCUUCGAUUAUUAUCAGCGAUGUUGGUUAGUGAGGGUGACCUGACAGAGCAAAAGAGAAUCAGUAAAUCUGAUAUGUCUCGCUUGCGAUUAGCUGCUGGUAGUGCCAUAAUGAAGCUUGCUCAGGAACCUUGUUACCAUGAAAUUAUAACCCCUGAACAGUUUCAGCUCUGUGCACUUGUUAUUAAUGAUGAGUGCUACCAAGUAAGGCAGAUAUUUGCUCAGAAGUUGCAUAAGGCACUUGUGAAGUUACUACUCCCAUUGGAGUACAUGGCGAUCUUUGCCUUGUGUGCCAAAGAUCCUGUGAAGGAGAGAAGAGCACAUGCACGACAGUGUUUACUAAAAAAUAUCAGUAUACGCAGGGAGUACAUUAAACAGAAUCCCAUGGCUACUGAGAAAUUAUUAUCACUGUUGCCUGAAUAUGUAGUUCCAUACAUGAUUCACCUGCUAGCCCAUGAUCCAGAUUUUACAAGAUCACAAGAUGUUGACCAGCUUCGUGAUAUUAAAGAGUGCCUAUGGUUCAUGCUUGAAGUUUUAAUGACAAAGAAUGAAAACAAUAGCCAUGCCUUUAUGAAGAAGAUGGCAGAGAACAUCAAGUUAACAAAAGAUGCCCAGUCUCCAGAUGAAUCCAAGACAAAUGAAAAACUUUAUACAGUAUGUGAUGUGGCUCUGUGUGUUAUAAAUAGUAAAAGUGCUUUGUGCAAUGCAGACUCACCAAAGGAUCCAGUCCUCCCAAUGAAAUUUUUUACACAACCUGAAAAGGACUUCUGUAAUGACAAGAGUUAUAUUUCAGAAGAGACCAGAGUGCUUCUGUUAACAGGAAAGCCAAAACCUGCUGGAGUACUAGGUGCAGUAAACAAGCCUUUAUCAGCAACAGGAAGAAAACCAUAUGUUAGAAGCACCGGAGCUGAGACUGGAAGCAACAUUAAUGUAAAUUCAGAGCUGAACCCUUCAACCGGAAGCCGAUCAAGGGAACAGAGUUCAGAGGCAGUAGAAACUGGAGUUAGUGAAAAUGAAGAGAACCCUGUGAGAAUUAUUUCUGUCACUCCUGUAAAGAAUAUUGAUCCGGUAAAGAAUAAGGAAAUUAAUUCUGAUCAGACUACCCAGGGCAACAUCAGCAGUGACCGAGGAAAGAAAAGAACAGUAACCGCAGCUGGUGCAGAGAAUAUUCAACAAAAAACAGAUGAGAAAGUAGAUGAAUCAGGACCACCUGCCCCUUCAAAACCCAGGAGAGGACGUCGACCGAAGUCUGAAUCUCAGGGCAAUGCAACCAAAAAUGAUGAUAUAAAUAAACCUCUUGGCAAAGGAAGAAAGAGAGCUGCAGUCAGUCAGGAAAGCCCUGGGGGUCUGGAAGCAGGUAAUGCCAAAGCACCCAAACUGCAAGACAUAGCCAAAAAGGCAACACCAGCAGAGAGACAAAUUGACUUACAAAGGUAA